AUGGUGGAAAUCCGAGCUUUGAGGAGGAAGAAGACGCCCUUUUUGAUCUGAUUUGGGCUUGAAAUUGGUGUAUUUGAGUUGAGGAAAAAGCCUGGAUUUUAUAGCCGAAAAAUUCCCGUAGGCGCCCGGGCAGGCGGCCGCCUUCCGGCAACCUCUGGCCGCCUGCCGUCCUGUCGCCGGCAGACCGUCGGUGGCGGUCCCGUCAGCCGUAGGCGGCCACAGAGGGCGGCCGCCUUCUGUCAAAAAUGGCCGCCUGCCAUCUUUUUGUUGGCAGAUCGGAUCCCGACGGAUCCCGGCGGACCCCGGCCGCCGCAGGCGGUCCAGCAGGCGGCCGCCUGCCGUCCUGUCUGGCCGCCUGCCGUCUUGUCUGGCCGAUCGAUGGUUGGUUUCGUCCCCUUGUGCCGCAGGCGGCCACCGUAGGCGGCCGCCUUCUGUCCAGUGUCGGCAGCCUUCGGUCUUUUCCUGGUCCCGAGUCAAAGCGAGGUUGACUUCUGAAUUUUCCCGUAGGCGGCCGCGAAGGCCUCCAUUUUGGGCGCCUAUUUGGGCGCCUUCGGCCACUUUUGUCUGGCAGAUGCGGCUUUUCUUGCUCUUCAACUUUGUCUUCUGAAUCACCUUGAUAAAAUGCUUGCUUCUUCCGGUAUAAAUGCAUUUGUCACUCAAAUUGACUCAUUUUGUGCUCAAUUGACCCGAAAUCCCGCUAAACAUAUUAUGGAUGUGAUUUUUACCUGAUUUCAUGAAACUUGAACCAAAAUAUAUAAAAUGUGUCUUUUCUUUCUAUUUUCAUUCAAAAAUCGCUUAAAUUUGAUAAGAAAAAUAAGUACAAAAAUGGACUUAUCAAGGACACAACUCAGAGACUAUGGCUUCCUAUUCAACCAUAUUCCCAUCUACAGUGACUCCCAAAGUGCAAUCGCCAUAACCAGCAACCCCGUUCAUCACUCGCGCACCAAGCACAUCGACCUGCGGUAUCACUUCAUCAAGGACCAUGUGGAGAAGGGAGAUGUUGAUUUAUACUUUGUUAGCACCGAGCUUCAACUGGCUGACAUAUUUACUAAGGCAUUGGAUGAAAAGAGAUUCCAGUUCUUAGUAUCUAAGUUAGGCAUGUUGAAUCUCGAUCCUAUGUAGUUGUGUUAUCUCCAUGGUCUGAAUAAAAUGUGUGUGUGUGUGUGGUGUGCGUUGCAUGUGUUGAGGGGGAGAAAAGGGGAGAAA